GCGCUUUAUAAGAGCCUCGUCUAAGCGAAGACUUGCACCAAUAAGAUUCCAAUCAGUUCUGGAAUAAAAGAAACAUAGUGCAGUGUGAAUGUGGGAAUGUCAGUGUGGGUGGGAAGCGGCCGCGCGGGCGGCGGACUCGCGCCGCCCGUCACCACAGCCCCGCUGCUCUCCACCAACACGUCCAUGGAGUCCGGGAUCGAGGCCGGAGUCCUGCCCACGGUCACCGGCUCGCUGGCCUCGGCACGGGAUUCGCUGGGCUCGCUGUCGAGGGCCGCCGAGCCGCUCUAUGAUACGGAUCACACGGAUCUCGGCUCGGAGUUGGACGAGGCGGAGAUCCGAAGGGAGUUGAUGCAUGACAAAUGGCGGUUACUCUUUGAUAGGUUUGACCCUGAAGGCUUUGGCGAGAUCCCCUGGCCCGACUUCUUGGUGACACUACAGAAUCCCGACUUCAAAGCGCAAGUGCCGCCCCACAAACAAGAGAUUCUUCUGGACAAAGCUCAGAGUGCAACUAGUGAUUCCAUUACGUUUCAGGAGUUUGUCAAUGUGAUGAGCGGCAAACGCACGCGCAGCUAUAGAUGCGCAGUGCACCAGCGCGACCGCGAGGUCAGCUCCGAGAACGACUUCCGACUGCUACUUGAAGACCCUACGUUCUUUGCCAGGAUGGUGCACUUAGUCGCAAUGGAAGUGCUCCCUGAGGAGAGGGAGAGGAAAUACUACCAGGAGCGUUAUACAUGCUGCCCUCCGCCGCUGUUUAUCAUCUGUGUCACACUUCUCGAGCUGGGCGUUUUCGCAUGGUACGCGUGGGGCGCGGGCGGCGUGGCGGCGGCGGCGGGCCCCGUGCCCGUGGACUCGCCACUGGUGUACCGGCCCGACCGCCGCCACGAGCUGUGGCGGUUCCUCACCUACAGCGUGGUGCACGCCGGCUGGCUGCACCUGGCCUUCAACCUGCUUGUGCAACUGGCGGUCGGUUUACCUCUCGAGAUGGUCCACGGAGCGCUCCGCUGCGGCGCCGUGUACCUAGCAGGCGUCCUCGGCGGCUCCUUAGCCGCCUCUGUCCUGGACCCGGACGUGUGUCUGGCGGGCGCGUCGGGCGGUGUGUACGCGCUCUUAGCGGCACACCUCGCCAACGCGCUGCUCAACUUCCAUGCGAUGCGGUACGGUGCUGUGCGGCUGGUGGCCGCGCUGGCCGUCGCGUCGUGUGACGUGGGCUUUGCGGUCCACGCUAGGUAUACUAAGGAAGCUCCACCAGUAUCAUACGCGGCGCACGUAGCGGGUGCGCUCGCCGGCCUCACAAUAGGAUUACUAGUGCUCAAACACGCUCAGCAACGACUAUGGGAGCGGCUACUCUGGUGGGCGGCGCUCGGGGCCUACGCGGCCUGCACGCUGUUCGCAGUCCUUUACAACGUGUUCAGUGCUCCUAUAGACGAGCUCCACUACAUGCCCCCCGACCCGCCGCCUGAUGCAGGCUUCUGACCUGACUACCGUCUGACUUAGGCGACCUUGAAACGCGCUAUUUGACCUAUGUAGCGAGAUAUCUGGAGCUUUGCGGACUGUUUGCAAGUCGAUAGUUUGAUAUAGUCGGAAGUCUUGACGUUUGAUAAAAUAUUAAAAUGAUAAUUUACAGUGUAAUCAUUUAUCAAACGCGGGCUUAGACUGUAGGCGUUUCGAGAUUAUUUUCCGCCUAAGUUAUAAUUCAUGUAAGUCGAAGCCUGAGUAACGCAACCAGUGCGACCCACUCACAACGCCUAGUCAAUUUACCUUAGUGUGAUUCGCGAUAAGUAGCAUUAUUUGAGGAGGUUAGUUUCGUUUAAUCUUACACGCCGUGUAUGUUGUCUAUUCCAGUAAGAUUUAUGAAUCUUUGUUUUUGUAUUUGCCUCGUGAGGUGAUUUGUCCGUUUAUUGGUUGUUAGGGAGUUAAGUCAGCGCCUCCUCACAUACUUAAUUGUUAAGUAGUGUUAAUUGUAUCGGAUAGGUGAACUAUUUUUGUACUAUCUGCGUCCGUAGUGUUAGAGGGAGAAGGCGUUACCGCGACAACACUGUUUCCGAGUGGACUGGCGCUACGACUAAAUGCAUUGAUUUCUAAGUGUAAAAUUGAUAUUGAUAUUUUCUAAUAAAAUCACUGUAAUAUUGUAAUGAUAAAAUUAAUAAUAGUCCAUAAUAUUGAGUUGUAUUCGAGGAGUUAUUUACCUAUAACUUACUUACCUGUUACUUUCCUAAAUGAUUUCAAUUAAAAAUAAUUUAAAGAGUAUCACACUCAUUGCCGUCCGAUGAGAAUUUUAAAGUAACAUUGCAUUUCGUUGAAAGGGCCAGCAUAGUUAUACCCAGCGCACCAAAGAUUAGAAUAAAAUGGCGUCCAAGCAAAAAUGGUGAAUUAUUAUCUUUCCGUAGUAUUUGGUCUAAUCUAAUCUGAAUUAUGUAAAAAUGUCGGUCUCACUAAAAAGGGACCUCCUUGUGGCCAUUAUUGCCGAAGCUCCAAAAUACACAUGACGCUUCGCGACGUAAGCUUUUACCACAAGAACCCUUUUUAAUGAGAACGACACGUAUAUGUUGAUUUGUCGAAUAUAUUAUUGAUUUAACAGUAUUACUAAACAAUUGUUAAGUGGUCAGCAACAAUUUCUUGCUCAAUUUAUAUGAUUGCAAUUAUAAUCUCAAAUGAUUAUGCUCAAAAGCGAGUUUUUAUUUUAUGGGAUCAAUUAUUUACGAAUAAUUGUUUGUAUUCCGUGGAACACUAGUAGAUAUUUUAAUUGUGCCUGAUUCCUAUUAUUGUAAUUUUAAUUGUAUACUUGUAAUCUAAUCAAAUGUCACAAAACGACUGAAUUUUGUAUAAAUUAAUUAUUGCAGAGUGUUUUUUCAUUUAAUUUAUUUUAAAAUUAUUUUAAGUGUGAAUCGAAAUAAUUAUUAUUAUGUGAACGAAUGAAAAUAAGAAUGAAUAAUGAUUAAAAGUGAUUGAAAGCUU